UUUUUUUUCUGAUGAACAAAGCAAAAAGAAAGAAUCUAUUAUUUUACAUUUUCGCCUCAAAGAUUCCGUUUCUGAACAUUUACACCCUCACGCCAUGUGUGGAGGAGCUAUAAUCUCCGAUUUCAUCCCGCCGCCGAGGUCUCGCCGCGUCACCAGCGAGUUUCUCUGGCCGGAUCUGAAGAAGAAGAAGAGCUCGAGGAAACGCUCCUCGAGUUUCUUCGAUCUUGACGAUGAGUUCGAGGCUGACUUCCAGGGCUUCAACGACGAUUCCUUCAUCGACUGCGAUGAUGCGAAACCGUUCGUUUUCGCCGGGGCUCGUAAACCCCCCGCCGCCACUGCCGCCGAUUCAGCUUUUGGCAAGAAAGUUGCUGACGGAGAAGGUGAGAGAUCUGCAAAGAGGAAGAGGAAGAGCCAGUACCGAGGUAUAAGACAACGUCCUUGGGGAAAAUGGGCUGCUGAGAUUCGUGAUCCAAGGGAAGGUUCAAGAGUGUGGCUUGGAACUUUCAAAACUGCCGAGGAAGCUGCAAGAGCUUACGAUGCUGCAGCUCGUAGAAUCCGUGGUUCCAAAGCUAAGGUGAAUUUCCCAGAGGAGAACCCACUUGCCAAGAAGGUGGCUAAACCGAACCCAAACCCAACUCUGGUUCAGAACGUGGACAACUCCUUUGACAAUAUAUGUUUCAUGGAGGAGAAACAAGAAGUUAACAGCAGCAACAACAACAACAAUCAAUUUGGUAAUGGGUAUCAUCAGUUAUUCAGCUCAGACCAGGGUAGUAACUCAUUUGGUUGUUCUGAGUUUGGUUGGAACGAUCAAGCUCCUAUAACUCCUGAGAUCUCUUCGGCGUUUAUCAACAACAACAACUCUGCUCUAUUCGCCGAGGAAGCUGAUCCAGCUAAGAAGCUCAAGUCCAUGGAUUUCGAGACACCUUACAACAACACUGAAUGGGAUUCUUCACUUGAUUUCUUCAACGAAGACGCCGUGGCGACUCAGGACAAUGGUGCAAACCCUAUGGAACUAUGGAGCAUUGAUGAGAUCGAUUCCAUGAUUGGAGGAGUCUUCUGAAGAGAUCCAUUGUCAUUUAAAACAUUUUGAACUCUUUCUGGUGGUCUCUUGUAUUCGCUUGUGUUUUGGUUCUUUCACUUUGUGCACCCAAGCGUCUCCUUUAAACAUUGUCAUAACUCAUAAGUUAAUAUGUUGACCUAAUGUUCUGUUUUA